CCUUGACUCAGGCGUGUAUUUAUGGAAAGAAGUGCCUCACUCUUCUUGCAUAUCAGGCUGGUGUGAAGAACGGAGAACAAGGCUGUCAGUCAAGACCUGAAACCAUGCAGAGAGUUGCUGUGUUGAUCCUUGUUGCCUGCUGUGCUCUCACAGCACUGUCACUGGCCAAAGACACAAAUGAAUCCAAACCAUCUUCUACUAUGAGUUCUGCGGCGUCAUUUCAAGGUUCAAGUGAAGCCCCACCAACUAAUACCACGACUAAAGCCCCAACUUCUAAACCUACAACUCCUAAACCUACAACUAAUUCCACGACUAAAGCCCCAACUCCUAAACCUACAACUCCUAAACCUACAACUAAUUCCACGACUAAAGCCCCAACUCCUAAACCCACAACUACUAAAACCACAGCAGCACCUCAACCUACUCCAGCUACCAAUCUGACUGAAGGAAACUACAAUUUAACAGACAAAGGAGUGGUUUGUCUGAAGGCUCAGAUGGCGCUAAAGAUCAAACUUUCCUCACAGAAGGGCAAUGGAACCUUCAUUAUCAACCCAAACAAAACUAUGACAAGUGGUGAAUGCAAGGAAACCAAAGCCAACCUGACCCUUACCUUUCAACAGGGCUUCAUCACCUUCCUCUUCAAUAAGAGUGUUGCUAAUAACACCGCCUAUCUUAAUGCUGUGUCUUUCAGUCUGUCCUACCCCUUGACAAAGUCAGGAACUCAGAAGUACAGUGAAAAGAAUGACUCGGUGUAUCUGUUUGCUGCAAAGAUUGGACACUCCUACUCCUGCAAGGAUGAAUCUGUCUUCAUGGGAAACGGACUGAGCCUUGAAGUCUCUAACAACAGACUGCAAGCCUUCAAUGUCACUAAUAAUGACUUUGGCAAUUCUGACCCCUGCCCAGCCGACCAGCCUGACUACCGCAUUGCCAUCGCAGUGGGAGUGACUCUGCUGGUGCUCAUUGUCAUUGUGCUGAUAGCGUACCUGCUGGGCCGCAGAAAGAGGACAGCUGGCUACCAGUCGCUCUGAGGACGGACCGGCCGUAGGUCUAAAACAAGUGACCUUCUGAAUAAGGGAUUGUGGGUAAAGAGGCACUUCCACUGAAGACUCCCAUCCCCUUUUACUAAGCCUAUUUGUUGCUGUUUUUCUGAUGUGUUACUAUUGAUAACAUUUGAACCAAAGAUAUACAAUACAACUUUAAACACACAGGCCAAAAAUAACUCACACACUUAAUUAUAGACUCUUUAAUUAAUCCAUAUAGAUAACUUUAAUACGCUUUUACAUACACAAUGUUUCACAAGUUUGAGCCCAAAUUUCAUCAAAUUGAAAAUGUACAACUUUAUGGGACACUAAAUUCUCUUUAAACUGACACUGUCAUAAAAACUGACUGAGAAGUCAAAGUAAAAGACUCCAGUUACCAUUCUUGUUUUGCUAAAAAAACAGAUCAAUAAGGGAUUCAGUAAAUUCUUGGAUGUAACAUGAACGCUCUUCUUUUGCUGUCCUGAGCAUUAUACAUUUAAAGGUGAAAUUUAUUAGAUUUUAAUCCAGAAUUUACAACCAGGUUUAAUGAGCAUAUUCCUGAUUAAUGGUCUCCUUAAAUCUGUAGAUUUUUUUUUUGAAAGGUAACUUCCUGUUUGUAAUCACUGGGCAUACAGAACAUAAGUGGGUUGAUUUACACUUGUGAAAUAAUAACUAACAUUAAGGGGAAAACUGAAAGCGAUUUUGUUUUUACAUUAAUUGCACUGAUUGCUGUUCACUUGUCUUCCGUGGAGUUAUACUGUUGUAUAAAUGUUGUGACUAAUCUUAAAGAGCAUAGCCUGCUGCAUAACCUUAUCUUUAUUUUAAAAUUGUUACUUGUAAUGUAAAAAAAGAAUUCCAGUCUAGGUAUAGAUGUUUUUAGGAUGACUUGAGGUUAGUCAGUGAGACUGCACUCAUGAUUUUACCAGUAGUAAGAAAAGAAAAUGUUCACAUGAAAAGAUGUGAUUCCAAGCUUUCUAACUAACUGUUUCUGGUUCCAGUGCUCGUUGCAGAACAUUCUAACAGUUUCCAACAUCUUUUCUUUGUCGGUCAAAAAUAAAUGUGCUGGAAAUUUGCCUUGAUGAUCUAAGAAAUGCUUUCCUGCUAACAUCUGGUGCUGCUCCCCACCUCCACUCCCGGGUCAAAGCAGGGCAGGAAGUGUUGGACUGUUGAAGCCUGAGCCAGUCUGAAUCCAAUCCAACAAACACUUCCAUGCAGUCAGACAUGUCAUUUAUAAACUUCACAUCCAUUUUUUUUAUAUCUAGAGUAAGUGUUUAAUUUGCAUAUGCUUUUUAUUUGGUUGUGUGUUUACCCCAGAAUGCCAUUUAAUGCAUAUUUGAUCUAGUUGGGGUUUUUUUUGUUCACUUUGUUUUUGGCUUUAGAUACAGUUACAUUUUCCUCUCACGAUGAAAGUUUUUCAUACAGACACAUCAUGUUUCGCUCCAAAUUAUUGAUCACAACAGAAAAUAUUACACAGCAGAAAAUGUAUUUCUAAGGACUGAUGCAGAAUAUUAUCUCCAUGAGCUGAUGUAUCAUUGGCUUUCUACUGUUUUAUCAAAUGAAGAAGAUUCUAUGUGCAGUUGUAAAAAUCCACUAACAAACUCUGAAGGGAAUUUCUUGCAAGGGUUCUUUCCAAUUGUCAUUCUUUUAAAAAGGGAAAAAUCAAACAAAUAAAAAAAUCAUCCGAAUAAAAAGAAUUUAUAAUUUCUAAUCUAAUGCUUUCUGAAUUUUUCUUGUGAGGUUCAAGAAAGUGUCAUGUGUUUGAACGUAGAUAAUCCCUAGGUGGCUCUUCUAAAAUAUGUUUUAUGAAACUAAGCCAUGCUGCGUCAUUUUCACUGAGAACAUUUGAAUUGUUACAUAAAAUAGAAAUCUUGCAUGCUGGUUUGGGAAAAUGUAUGCUCUUCAUGUAAACAUCUUGAUAUUGCACUAUUAAUACCCUCCAGGUCCUGAAGUUGAUGCGCUGUGAUGUAGUCAUGUGUACAGAUCCCCACUGGAUUUACGGUAUGUCAGCAAUGAUCAUGUAUUUGCUGCAUAUGAACUGUAUUAUCAGUUGCGGGCUUCCUUUGCCAAUAAAAACUAAUAUUUCUAA